AUGGAGAUUGAGGAAGAUGAAGAAACCAAGAAGCUUCGGUUAGAAAAAGAAACAACAGCAUCAGUUAUUGCAGAAUUAAAGCGUAACUUCUCGUUGUUGGACCGUGCCGUUGAAACGAUCGAAUCUCGCUUCACCACUCGUGUUUUGCGAACACUCCCUUCCAUAAGACGUCGAUUGACUUCUUCCAUUCUCACUCAAGUAAUCUCGGAAAACUACAGCUCUGCAGAUGUCGAACAGCGUUCUGAGCUCUUACGGUACCUUGGCGAGGAUAAUACUUCGAUGGACGUGGACAGUGGAAAGGAGAAAAGCACCGAAUUGCCAGAAAUCGAUGUGUAUCUUCAAUUGUUGACCAUGAUCUAUCUUAUGGAUCAAAACGAGCUGGAAAAGGGAAUGACACUUGCUGAUAAAAUGAUCGAGAAACUGCUACAACUCAACCGACGCACACUCGAUCAACUCGCCGCACGCGUAUACUUUUACCAUGCUCGUUUCUAUGAAUUGUCGAAUCGUCUUGCCGAAAUCAGACCAUUGCAACUGAAUUCACUGCGGACAGCCACAUUGCGACGUGAUGACGAAACACAGGCAACAUUGCUGAACCUGCUAUUACGAAACUACUUUGUCCACAACUUGUAUGACCAAGCAGAUAAAUUGGUGUCCAAGAGUGCAUUCCCCGAAAACGCUGGUAAUAACCAGGCUGCUCGUUAUGCCUACUAUCUUGGCCGUAUCAAGGCUCUUCAGCUCGCUUACACUUCGGCACACACCUAUCUGACCCAAGCGAUCCGAAAAGCACCCCAGAACACUAUCACUGCCGGUUUCCAACAAACCGUCUACAAAUUUUUCAUUGUUGUUCAACUUUUGCUCGGUGAGAUCCCCGAACGAUCGUUGUUCCGUCAACCCAUGUUGAAAAAGGCGCUUGUGCCCUAUCUCCACAUCACCCAAGCUGUCCGUAUUGGUGAUCUGAGCAAAUUCCAGGAAGGCUUGGCCAAGUUUGACGCAGUGUUCAAGAAGGACAAAACGUAUACCCUUAUUCUGCGUCUCCGCCACAAUGUUAUCAAGACGGGUAUUCGCAUGAUCAGCCUUUCGUACUCUAAGAUUUCGCUGAGAGACAUAUGCAUCAGACUUCACUUGGAUAGCGAGGAAGAUGCCGAGUUCAUUGUUUCCAAGGCUAUCAAGGAUGGUGUCAUUGAUGCUACGCUGGACCACAACGGUGGAUUCAUGAAGAGCAAGGAAAUCGUCGAUAUCUAUUCCACGAACGAGCCUCAGCAUGCAUUCAACCAACGUAUCACCUUCUGCAUGAAUCUUCACAACGAAGCUGUCAAGGCGAUGCGUUUCCCCUUGGAUGCCCAUAGAAAGGAAUUGGCUAACGCCGAGGCCGCUCGUGAGAGAGAGCGAGAAUUGGCACAAGAGAUUGCGGAAGGAGACUUGGACGAUGAUGGAGGAGAUCACCUCGGUGAUUUCUAG